AUGCUACUACCGGAGGUCCCGCACGAGCUGCCUUGGGAGAUCGCCGAUUAUCUCCCCAACGGGAGUCUCAAGAACCUGAUCGAGGCCUACUCACUCCUCCAUCUCGACCUGCAGUCGAGGCUACAUAAACGCGCGUUCGAGACUAGACCGACAAACGUGCCUCAAAUCGCCGAUAAGGAGCCUUUGGAGGAAUGGGCUACACACGAAGGUCCCCUAGAAUCAGCUAUGCGAUGGGCAAUACGAUACCGGCGGAGCCACCCAGUCGACUACUUACUGCGAUAUAACGUCGCUAGUCUCGAUUCGAAUGGAAACUGGCCAGUUUUGGACUGGCUGAUGGAGCACGACCGCGCCCCAGUAGACAUCAUCAACACUAUUUUACAGCAUGCCGUAGGUCUAGGACAAUUCAACGUGAACAAAGGCCGCGUGACGAAUGCGCUUGGGGAGUAUUUAUUGCUUAUUCCGGUGCCUGUAAUUAAGGAUGAAGAAGAGGACGACCUCGAUGACCCCUGUGAGCAUGGUAAACUAUGCGAGUGCAUAUGGGACGUGACCGAGGCCGAACUUGAAGUGGUACGAUUACUGCUCCAGUUAGGCGCCGAUCCUAUGGGUCUAAGAUCCGAUGUGCCGCCGAUGGUGAAUGAUCUCAGAGGACUGCCAACACCAACCCUGUUCACCUUUCAAGCUAGGAAUGAACACAUCUUCAAACUGCUCGUCCAAGCUGGCGCAGACAUCCACUGGCAAUCUCCUGACACUGGCGCAGCGCUCCUCAGAGCCUGUUAUAGAGACAUCCCCUCCACCAUGGUUAGAUGCUUCCUAGAGCUGGGGACAGAUUCAAACUGCACGCCCAACGCCCCACUUUCCAGUGGCCUAGCCCUCGAGCCACUCGCCAUUGUCAUCUUCCGAGACGAGCUGGUGAAGGCAAAUUUGCUCAUUGAUUACGGCGUCGAUAUGACCAUUGUAGUGAAAGACGAAGCCACCCAUAUCCACCACAUCGACACUCUUACGCCUAACCCUGCCAGCCUCCAAGUCUAUAAGCGCGUGAUAGCCCAGACGCCAUAUAUCGACGUCAAAUUCGAUGGAUUGACGGCUCUCCAGGAAGCAAUAAUGAUUGGACGACUCCACCUGGCUCGCUUGCUGGUCGACGCUGGCGCAGACGUCGGAAUCAUUGACCACGAAGGCAGCACUCUUUGCGAUCUGGUUCGCAUGCACUCAUUCUAA